AUGGAAGCCUACGUCAAGACUCGGGAGACCCGGCCCCAGCUGAUCCAGAGCCUCCUGGCCGCCCUCCCGCCUCUGGACCCCUCGCUCGAGGAGUUCCGCGACGUCGCGACCCUCCCCGACGGCUACGGGAUCGACCUCCAGAUCGUCCGGCCGCGCGGCGUCGACGAGACCAACGGCGGAGGCCGGCCCCUGAUCCUGCUGUGGUCCGGCGGCGGGUUCAUCGUCGCCGGCGUCGAGCCCGUGACGCGGCCGGCCCGCGAGUUCGCGCUCGAGUUCGGCGCCGUCGUCGUCAACGCCACCUACCGCCUGGCGCCCGAAAACAAGUUCCCGCGGUCCGUCAAGGACGGGUACGAGACGGCCGUCUGGCUCUCCAAGAACGCCGCGCGGUUCGGCGCCGACGUCGCCAAGGGCUUCGUGCUCGGCGGCUACUCGGCGGGCGCCAACAUCGCCGCCGUCGUCGGCCAGCGGUCCGGCGUCGAGGGCCUCGGCGUCACCGGCACCAUGCUGGGCAUCCCGCUCCUGAUGGACAAGGAGAUCGUCCCCGACAAGUACGCGGCCGAGUGGGUGUCGCGGGAGGAGAACGCCACGUGGAGCCCGGCCUUCACCAGCGCCCUCGUCGACGACGUCAUCAAGCGCGGCCUCGAGCCGGACGUCAGGUCGCCGUGGUACUCUCCCGUCAACGACCCCGCGGCGCUGCCCAAGUGCCCCAGGGCCUACAUCCAGGUCGGGGACCGGGACCCGCUGAGGGACGACGGGCUGGUCUACGCAAAGAUGCUGCGGGACAACGGCGUCGAGGCGAGGGUGGACAGGUGGCCGAACUGGGGCCACCAGGGCUGGUCUAUUUACGCACCCGCCGACUCGCCUGCGAGCUUGGGCCCGGACACAAUCAACGGGAUGAGGUGGCUUCUGGGCAAGGAGUAG